UUGAUUUUGGAAAGCGCAAUCAUCGUCCUUUGUCUCAAACGCCAUAUGCAGUACUGAAGGCGGACAAGCAAUGUGAGGGUCAGAAUCAACAUCAUCCGGCAAAUAUCACUAAUAGAGCUGACAAAGCCAACACUCAAGUCAGUGUUGAGGGUGAUUUAGGUGCCAAGUUUCGCGUCUCUCUGGAUGAGUGGCUGCAGCCGCUCCCUUCCUGCCAAGAGUUAGAGAUACCUUUGCACUUGAAGCCUAUAUAUGAGAAGCACAAAAUUCUCUAUACGGCAGAGUUGAAGAAUGUUGUUACCUCUUUUGGGCAGGUCCUGCAGUCAACUUUCUGCAAGCGGUUGGGUCUCAUGUUGAUGGAAGCGCACUCCAAUGCAGUGUCAAACCAUGAGCACAGGAGUGAAGGUUUUGUCGCCCCAAGAGUCAUUGCAACAAGAAGUGUCGAGCACACGGGAGCGGUGACUUUUGGCACCCCAACAGCCACUGCAGCAGGCAUUGCUAUCCACUCUUCCAAGUGUCCAUUAUCGGAUCCUGAUUCCUGGGCAGAAGCAGGUGCUGAUGAUCAGAACAAGGCACAACCUGGUGGUGUAGUUGCUGCUCCCAAAGUAGUGGAGACCGGUGCAUUAGCUGAGAAGGUUGGGGUGGAAGCGGAACAGGGGGCGGGUCAAAGCACAAGCGUUGCUAAGCGUUCCAGGGCUGCUGCGUUGCAACAAGGUGAGAGUAGCAAUCAUUCUCAUGGGAAGGAUUGUGUGGAGCAAGAGGAAGUUAUACAUCAGGGCGGAAAGGUGACCCCCAAAGAUGCUUGCAACAUGGAUCCUUCGGGAGCUUCUGAUAAGGUUGAAACACCAGUUCUUUCCCAGGGCACGGUGCAGGCAAUGAUGGUAACUGCCUUGGAGUGGGAAGAUGGCCCAUCUUGUGCUCUUUUCUCGGAGGGGACCAAAGACUGUGAGUGGAUGAAUCAAAAAGUAGACAUACCAGUCAAGCAUGUGCAGACAGCAAAUGCUUCUAGCUCUGAUGUGCAGAAUUCAAUCCCAUCAGUGCCAAACUUUGACAACACUCCUCAAGUUGAAAGGCCUAGCAACCUCCCAACCGCAACAGUUGACAUAGCUCCAAAGCUCCCUAGGGCAAACGACAUUCCGGGGCCUGUGUUUGAUGUGUCCCCCAUCUCAUUCAAAAACGCUUCCUCCGAUGGACCUCAAGUAGUAGUGGAUUUGCACGAGACAACCGAGGCGAAUGUUGAGGUCAGGGGUGAGUCCAACAGUCUUGGUAAACAGUCAAAGAAGAAAAGGGUGGCUGUCUCCCCAGACAAUGUGCCAACGAUGAAGAAGAUUAAGAUGAAAGAGUUUGAUAUGUGA